AUGGCCCGGGAGUAUGAGAAACAGCUCGACCUGCUGAUGGAGAAGAAGAAGGCUUUGGAGGCAACGCCAGAGGAGCUUGCCAGGGCCUCGGCGCCGCGGUUGCCACCGAAGCGCCUUAGAGAGAAGGUGCACGACCCAGAUCCCGAGGGGCAGGUGGCAGCCUUGAAGGAGGCAAACUUGAAGAUGCAGAAGGAACUUGAGGCAUUGAGAAAGAUGUCUGGAUCUGCCACCCCGUCGCCCAAGCCGCGUCCCUCGCCCAACACUCGUACCAGCACAGAAAAAGAGCCCAGUGGCACCAAAGCAAGGAACAGUCGCAUGUGCCAGAAAAAGGACAGCAAAGAGCUGACCGAAGAGGAAAACGAAGAGUCUCAAGAAGAGGAAGAGGACGAGGAAGAGGAAGAGAAGGAGACAGAAGAAAACUCACAGGCAGGCGAACAGGCAGAGGCAGAGGAAGAUGCAGAGGAAGGGGAUGACGAAGAGGCAGAAGAGCGCACCCCAGAGGUAACUGGCAAGAAGCCCACAGGCCGCAAGCAGCCAAAGACGAACAGCGCUCCCCAGUCCCUCGGCGCCAGAAAAAACCGACUCCGCAGAAUGUGUGAACUCAAGCCGAGCGGCCGCUUGAAUGUGCCGGAGCCCAUCCACGAAGCGUGGAAGAACGGCUCCACUGCGGAGCGGGAGGACAUGAUCGCUACCUUGGACGAGUGCGGCUGGAGAAAGGAGGAUUUUGUCAAGCGAGUCAUUAAGUCAAGGGAGAAAGUGGCCCGGAAGUCGGCCAAGAAGAAGCGCGGUUGGUACAGCACGGAGGGCAUGGCCAAAAAGUUGAGUUGGAGCGGGUCCUACAUCAAAGGCGUGGUGAAAUUCUGCGAGAAGAAGGGGAAUGAGCACCUGACAAAGAAGGACAAAUACAACAAAAACAUCACCAAAUACUACGUGGAAUAUGAAGAGGAUGAUGAAAGUGCAGAUGAGCUUGAAGAAAGGGAGCGUCAAGAGGAGAUCGAGGCCACCGGGGUGUGUCAGGGAACCUCAACAUGCCAGCGCUUCCCCUACUUGUUUGCAAGCUGGGUAUUAGCUUUGUGCUUUUUUGUCAGGCUGGCAAGCCUGUGA